AACCACGCCUGCAUACGCCUGUCUUCCGAAGCAACAUGGAGGUAUUGGGAAUAGAAGCUAGCAUCAGGAGUGAUGAUAGAGAUGAAAAUACCGCCGUUAAAGUUCCCGAAAGGAUGUUACGGAGGGAUCAAGCGAGGCAGGAAGAGAUGGAGCGCCGGAGAAACGUCAAGGAGAGCCAGACCGUGACGGAGGAAAAGAGCGAUUUCUUCAUGUCCACAUUCUAUGCUGAGAAAGCAGCAGUGGAGGAGAUGAUCUCCAAUUGUGAACAUGUUGACCGUGAUAAAGCCUCAAAAGCACUGGAGGAGGCAACUGUCAAAGUUCAACAGCUCCAGAAAUUCCUGAAUGACAGCAUUAUGUUUCUGACGCAGUAUAAAAUAAGACAUGCUCAAGAAACCAUGCAGCAACUCCAGACCUCUCUGGCUGAGAGAAGAGAGCAGUUGUUGCCUAAAAAGAAAUUUGCCUUCAGAUCAAGGAACACAAGUAAGCAGCCUGCACCAAAUCAAGAACCAACAGUAAAGUCUGCAUCUGAAGUGGGUGGGACUGUAGUAGUCGAUGCUUCUGUUCCUGUAUAUCAGUGCGGAUUCUCUAAUGUUGACAAUCAAGUCUUGAUCAAGCUAGCAGAGGAGAUCCAGCAACAGGAUGUGCUGUUAUCUCACCUGACAAACUGUAAAGUGAGACUGUAUGGGUGUCCGAGCACCGUGCACAUUAAGAAUGUCCGUAGCUGUGAGAUCCUCUGCGGGCCAGUGUCCAGCUCUGUAUUUGUUGACCAGUGCACUGACAGCACAUUAGUUUUCCCCUGUCAGCAGUUGCGCACCCAUAACACCACAGCCACUCAGAUAUACCUCCAUGUCACCAGCAGAGCAAUUAUAGAGGACUGCCAAGGGGUCAGGUUUGCCCCAUUCACAUGGACUUAUCCUGGGAUUCAAGAUCAUUUCAAAGUAUCUGGACUUGAUCCGGACAGAAACAACUGGACACAGGUGGAUGAUUUCAAUUGGCUUGCUGCUGGCACACCAUCACCCAAUUGGACUGUCAUUCCUGAGACUGAGAGAAUGUCUGGUUGGGAUUCUGUUGGACCAGCCUCUUAACAGUCAUGAUCAUGAUGUGUUUACAUUACAAAAUAAAGCGCUGAUCUGUCUGGAGAAAAUAAUACUUCUUAAUGUAGUGAUGCUAUGCAUAAACAAAUGUUCUGUAAUUUCUCAUUUACAGAGUAACUAACAUAAUUUAAUGCUUUGUAAGGAAAAAAGUAACAUAUUUAAAUGAACUUAUUUCAAGUUUGUGCUUAACUGCGGUUCACUCACCAAGUAUAUGCAUGUAACCAAAAUAAAAAAAUAAAUAGAAUCAUUGUUAAAUGCUCAAAUUCAAAAUGUUUUCCACAGGUUAUUGGAAGAGAUGAUGUCAAAUUUGUCUGAAUAAAGUUUGGUAAUAUGUAUGCAAUUCAACAGAAAUGUUUUUAGGGUUUAAUCAGACCCCAAUUUAAUCAGAGAUGGGGCUAAAAAAAACUAACUAAAACUAACAUUGUCAAGACUUCCUAAAAUAAUAAUAAACAAAGUAAGCUCUUCA